AUGGCGAUAAACUCAUUCAUUUUUGUAUUAUUUUACAGCCUUCUAAUGAAGACCAUAUCGACGUUCGUUCCUGCUAUCAACCGUCACGAGCAGAACUGCAGUAAAGAAAAUAACUUCAGCUCAAAUGUUAAACUUCUCAACAACCAUGUCAAAUAUCGCGAAAUUCCAAGUACUAAAUCAGGUGUCGACAUGAAUGAUGAAACUAAAAUAAGUUUUCACAGUCUAGUCCACAACCAUGGUCGAACUGAGAAGCCCAGACCACGCGCUGGCAAUGAAGGACAAAUACUUUUUGAAAUAAACACCCUCUCUAUCCUUUCAAUUUUUUCAACACAGAAGGAUGGCGUCGACACGGUACCCAUUCUUUCAGUUGAGGACAGGCAAAUCUUCCAGGCCAUGUCACUAAAGUAUUCCUGGUAUAUGACUAUGUGCAUGUGUUCAUUAACAUUCGAAAUAACUGAAUCACUGAGCCAAAACAAGAUCUACAUUUACUAA